AUGCUGAGUAUAGCAGAAGCCAUCCUCCUUUCUGUUGCAACUGUUGAGGCCGGGCUGGGAUUCUUAGGGAACACGUUUAUUGUACUUGUUAACUGCAUGGCCUGGAACAAAACCAAGAAAUUCUGUAAGAUUGGCUUUCUUCUCACUGGCUUGGCAACUUCCAGAAUUUUUAUCAUAUGGAUACUAACUUUAGAUGCAUAUACAAAGCUAUUCUAUCCAAGAAUGCGUAUGUCUGCCAAUCUAACUGAAAUGAUCACUUAUAUAUGGGUGACUGUGAAUCACCUGACUGUCUGGUUUGCCACGAGCCUUAGCAUCUUCUAUUUCUUGAAAAUAGCACAUUUUUCCCACUAUGUAUUUCUCUGGUUGAAGAGGAGAGCUGAUAAAGUUUUUGUCUUUCUAAUGGGGUGCUUGCUAAUUUCAUGGCUAGUCUCCUUCUCACUUGUUGGGAAGGUGAUGAAGGGUAAUAAAGUGGAGCAUAGAAACAGGACCUGGGAGACCGACUGGGAGAAACACGAAUUCACUAUAAACUGUGUUUUAUUCAACAUUGGAGUAAUUUCUCUCUUUAUGAUGGCCUUAACUGCAUGUUUCUUGUUAAUUGUUUCACUUUGGAGACACGUCAGGCAGAUGCAGUCUAAUGUCUCAGAAUUCAGAGACCUCAACACAGAAGCUCAUAUGAAAGCCAUGAAAGUUUUGGUUUCUUUUAUCAUCCUUUUCAUCGUGUAUUUCAUAGGUAUUUCUAUAGAAAUUAUCUGUGCAUUUAACCCAGAAAACAAACUGUUAUUUAUUUUUGGUUUGACAACUGCAUCAAUAUACCCUUGCUGUCACUCAUUUAUUCUAAUUCUAACAAACAGUCAGCUGAAGAAGGCCUGUAUUAGGGUAUUUCAGGGAUUAAAGUUCUUUGAGAAUGGAAAAAAUCUCACAGCCAAGUGA